ACUUUGAUACCAUUACGGAUGGGGGGGCAGGGUGGAGGGAAGUGGGAAUUGUUGUUAAUCAACCACUGUGAUGCUCCCACAUAGAGGGCCCAAGCUUACUGGAAGAGCCAGGUCUUUAGACCCUUACAAAAGUUCAGGAAGGUUGAGGCCAAAUUUACAUGGGGGGGCGGCAAGAUGUUCCAGAGGGCAGGUACCAUGGCAGAGAAGGCCCUUCUCGAUCCUGCCAGUUGGAAUAAUCUGGCCAAUGGGGCCCGCAGCAGCCCGGGAUGGGUGGGAUGAGAUGGUUCCUCAAGUAGCCUGGAUCCAUCCCAUGAAGGGUUUUAAAGAUGAUUACCAACAUUCUUAAAAGAGCAGUAAUAAAAUGGGAGCAUAACAGUAACAAAAACUUUGAGGUACUAUUAAAGCAUUUUUCAUUAUGGACUUAUGCAAAGGCCACAAUGUCAUGUGAAGGAUACGUUUAGUACUUGUAUCACAACUGAUAUGUAAAUCACAUCAUUUUUGUCAACAUGCCAUCAUUUACCCCAUUGCAAACACCUGUUCUUGCAAUAUAUCAUUUACAUUUUGUUGUGCAUUUGCACACUUGAAACAUAAGAAAACAGGAAAUUCAAGAUGAGAUGAAAAGUAGGUGGUUUUGCAAAACCAUGCAGUUUCUCCAAAUGAACAUGAAGCAUAGCUACUCUGAGAGCUAAGUUAUUUACAGUAUAGGGCUGAGAGAAAAUAACUGGCCCAUGGUCAUCCAGUUGGCUUUGUGUCCAGAACAGGAUUAGAAUUCAUGGUCUUCAGAUUUCUAGCCUGAUGUCUUAACCACCCUAUUUAGUAUGAUACAAAUGCAGAAAAAAUCCACUUUAAAAAUUAUUUGUAAACCGCAGUCAAGCCAAAAGAAAUUUCAUGUUCUUAUAAUUAUCACAGGAGCAGAGAAUGUCCUGAUUUUUUUUUCCAAGUAAAAAUAAAUGUCCUGCUGAGUAUGAUUAAAACCCAAUUCCUUAUUUACAAGACUGCACUUCCAAAUGAACCAUAACAUCUAAUAUGCCAUCCGACUCUAUCAAUCAUCAGCUUCCUUCCCCAAACUGUCUAACAACGGAGCCUGGAGAAACAGGACUUGCUUCAGCGUCUAAUAAUCCAAUACUAAAAACGGAUUUUACAUCUUCCUUCUUAACGGCGGUUUUCACUGGAAGCUUCCUCCAUUCCCGCAGGGAAAACAGAGGCCAGCUUCCUUCUCCUCCUCUUCUUCUUUCCACUUUGUACGCUGCUUCUCUCACCUGGACACACCUUAUUCACCUGAGGCUGCGCGGAAGCCUCAUUUUCCAAGCCCGCUGCGUCCCGCUCGUUGCCCGCCCUGCCUGUUCCUGAGCGCGCAGGCGCAUUGUGACUCGCCCGGCAACUCUCCUCGGGCUCGGCUUAGCGCUAUCAUGGCGGCAGCAAGCGGAGCGAGCAGGAAGCGAUGGACGAGCUAAGUGUGGCGACUGCAGAGUGAAAUAGCUGCACGGAAAAACUUUCAGGUGUCUUCCCCAAGGCGGAACCUCCCACUUGGUUUCCCUCCAGCUCAGGUCGGCAGCGCCAGUCUGGUGGCGGAGAAACGAAGAAAACAUCUCCAUGCCUGGAUCAGCCGCCGGGCAUUAGAAGGCACGUCUCGCUGCCCUUUGGCCCCGAUCGCCUCGGGAGCGGAGAGCUCGGUGGGACCAUUGCCCAGGCCCUGACACUGAGUGAAGAAAAGGAGGAGUCUCUACUCAAGUUGCUGUGCUGCCUUCAGGGUGCUUUAAAAACUGGACCUGAAAAUCCAGGCUAGAGAGUAUAUUCUGUAUUCCCGGAAGUGAACUUACUAUGGCUAGUGAAGAAAGACAGAGGUCGUCUUCUCCAUCAACAGGGGAUGAUAAAGGCGGAGGAGAAGGUGGUACUGGACAAGGAAAAGAUGGAAGUUCAGCUGAAAAGCAGUCUUUGAAUCCAGGCAUCCCUAUCCGGGGUAUCAGGAUGAAAUUUGCUGUUCUGACAGGAUUGGUGGAAGUUGGGGAAGUAUCCAACAGGGAUAUUGUAGAAACUGUGUUCAAUCUGCUUGUAGGUGGUCAUUUUGAUCUGGAAAUGAAUUUUAUUAUACAAGAAGGAGAAGGUAUUACAUGCAUGUUGGACUUGUUGGAUAAGUGUGAUGUCACUUGCCAAGCAGAGAUAUGGAGCAUGUUUACAGCUAUCCUGAAAAAAAGUAUACGAAAUCUGCAGAUUUGCACAGAAGUAGGUCUUAUUGAGCAUGUGCUUCAGAGGAUUGAUAAAGCUGACAACAUGAUUGCAGAUCUUUUAGUUGAUAUGCUUGGCAUAUUAGCAAGCUACAGUGUGACAGUUCGGGAAUUAAAGCUAUACUUUAGCAAACUUCAAGGAGACAAAGGGAAAUGGCCUCUGUAUGCUGGAAAGCUACUGUCUGUAUUAAAAUAUAUGCCCCAUAAAUAUGGGCCUGAUGCCUUCUUCAAUUUCCCAGGAAAAAGUGCUGCAGCUAUUGCCUUACCUCCUAUAGCAAAGUGGCCAUACCAGAAUGGAUUUACCUUUCAUACUUGGUUAAGAAUGGAUCCUGUAAAUAAUAUUAAUGUAGACAAAGAUAAGCCUUACUUAUAUUGUUUUAGAACAAGUAAAGGGCUUGGUUAUUCUGCUCAUUUUGUGGGAGGCUGUUUGGUUGUGACAUCAAUUAAAUCAAAAGGAAAAGGUUUCCAGCACUGUGUGAAAUUUGAUUUCAAGCCACAAAAGUGGUACAUGGUUACUAUUGUUCAUAUCUAUAAUCGUUGGAAGAACAGUGAACUCAGAUGUUACGUGAAUGGAGAACUAGCAUCAUAUGGAGAGAUAACAUGGUUUGUCAAUGCCAGUGAUACAUUUGACAAAUGUUUCCUGGGCUCUUCAGAAACAGCAGAUGCCAAUCGAGUAUUUUGUGGCCAGAUGACAGCUGUUUAUCUUUUCAGUGAAGCUCUCAAUGCUGCCCAGAUCUUUGCGAUUUAUCAACUUGGUCUGGGAUACAAAGGAGCUUUUAAGUUCAAAGGAGAAAGUGAUCUGUUCCUAGCUGAUCAUCAUAAACAAUUAUUAUAUGAUGGGAAACUGUCUAAUGCUAUUUCCUUUACAUACAACCCAAGGGCUACAGAUGCACAGCUCUGCCUAGAAUCAUCACCCAAGGACAAUCCUUCUAUCUUUGUACAUUCACCACAUGCCCUCAUGCUACAGGAUGUGAAAGCAGUCAUAACCCAUUCUAUCCAAAGUGCAAUGCAUUCUAUUGGAGGAGUGCAGGUAUUAUUUCCUCUGUUUGCACAGUUGGACUAUAGGCAAUAUUCCUUGGAUCAGCCUGACACAACUCUUUGUUCUAUUUUACUGGCUUUCAUUAUGGAAUUGCUGAAGAACUCAGUCGCUAUGCAAGAACAAAUGCUUUCUUGUAAGGGCUUCCUUGUAAUAGGAUACAGUCUUGAAAAGUCUUCCAAAGCACACAUUAACAGAACUGUCUUAGACCUUUGCCUUGCCUUUGCUAAAUAUUUGAGCAAUUUGCAUAAUGGAGCCCCCUUGCUGAAGCAGCUCUGUGAUCAUAUUCUACUUAAUCCUGUAAUAUGGAUUCAUACUCCAACCAAGGUUCAAUUGAUGUUGUACACUUACUUGUCUACUGAGUUCAUUGGCAUAGCAAAUAUAUAUAAUGCAAUUAGACGAGUUGGUACAGUUCUAUUGGCAAUGCAUACCUUGAAGUAUUACUAUUGGGUAGUUAAUCCUCAAGACCGUAGUGGAAUUACUCCCAAAGGUUUAGAUGGACCUCGGCCUAAUCAGAAAGAAAUUCUUUCUCUGCGAGCCUGUUUACUGAUGUUUAUUAAGCAGUUGGUGACAAAGGACUAUGGAGUGAAAGAAGAUGAACUCCAGGGCAUUCUGAAUUAUCUUCUUACCAUUCAUGAGGAUGAAAAUUUAAUGGAUGUUUUGCAAUUGCUUGUUGCUCUCAUGUCUGAGCACCCCAGUUCUAUGAUUCCUGCUUUUGAUCAGAGGAAUGGAUUGCGUGUUAUCUACAAGCUUCUUGCUUCCAAAAGUGAAGGGAUCAGAGUACAAGCACUGAAGGUGAUGGGCUACUUUUUAAAGCAUCUGGCACCCAAGAGGAAAGCAGAAAUUAUGCUUGGACAUGGACUGUUUUCUCUUCUGACUGAGAGGCUUACGCUUCAAACAAACUUAAUUUCUAUGACUACCUACAAUGUACUUUUUGAGAUACUUAUUGAGCAGAUUUGUACACAAGUGAUGCAUAAACAGCAUCCUGACCCAGAUUCAACAGUGAAAAUACAAAAUCCCCAGUUUCUGAAAGUUAUUGCUGUUUUGCUGCGUAAUUCUCCUCCAUGCUCAGAAACCAUGGAAGUCCACCGAGUCUUCCUAUCAGACAUGAUUAAGCUUUUUAAUAGCAGCAGGGAAAAUAGGAGGAGUUUACUACAGUGUUCUGUAUGGCAGGAAUGGAUGCUUUCCCUUUGCUAUUUUAAUCCCCAAAGCUCUGAUGAACAGAAGAUAACAGAAAUGGUGUAUGCCAUUUUUAGAAUACUACUUUAUCAUGCAAUCAAGUAUGAAUGGGGUGGCUGGCGUGUUUGGGUGGAUACUCUAGCAAUUACACAUUCAAAGGUAACUUUUGAAAUACAUAAACAGAACCUUUCUCGGAUGUUCAGGGAAUAUGAAGAGAAAGGAGACGAAUGCUGCACUGCUGGUCCAUCAUCCAUUAUUAGAACAAUUUCAGGUAUUAGUAAAGAAACUGAAGUUACAGAGAAGCUCCAUCAACUUGAAAAAAAAGAAGCUGACACUUCUUCAGUUGAUACUGACAACAGAAGCAUGAACAAUAGUGUUUUGAAAGAUGAAAGUAGAUUAUCUGAUUUUGAAGAACCCAGUAAUUCAGAAACAAACAAAGAAAAAACCAAAACAGAAAAUAUUCAGAGACCUCUUGAUUUAAAUGGAGCACCUAGUUUAGAUCUUCCCCUACAAGCCAAAAUUACAAAACAGAGCUCAGACUGUACUGCUGAAAUUACUGGAAUAAACCAUGAAGAAAAAGAAAUAUGUACCACUGAUUCACAAUCAUCUUUAGAAAAUGUUGAAACACUAGAAAAUCCAGAAAUGUUAGAAAAUGUAACACCAGAAGUAUAUGUGGAGGAGGAUGAAGAUUUUGUUGAUUUAAAAAACGAGACUAAUCUGGCACUUACAUCAGAACAAUGUGUUCCAAAAUCCAUUGAGGAUCAUGAUUUGUGCGAUAGCCAGGUAACCUCAGUUAUACAGCAGUGCACUGCUUCUUCAAAAGAACCUGUUUCAAUAGAAGUAGUUCCUGAAACUGUUGAAGGAUCAGUGGAAACAGAACAGCAGGAUGGCUUGCCAGAAAUCAGUUGUCCUGAAGUAAACAGAGCUCAGUCAACUUCAGACAAUGAGAAUAACAUUGAUGACAAAAAUACUAAUCAACCCCAAACCAAGACAGUUGUAGAUAGCACACAACCACAGACUUCAGAAGCUAUAAUUGCUUCAGAUAAGAAAAUUGCCAGACUUGAUGUUUCCAGCAUUGCAUCAGAUACUGAAAGAUUAGAAUUAAAACCCCAUGCAAAUCCAGAAGUAAAUCAACCUCCUAGAGCCAUUACUAAGAAAUACCUUCCAAUGGAUAAUCAUCAAGUUACAUCACAGUUCCUCAAAGGAGGAAAAUCACAGGCAGCAGCAAUAUAUGCACCCUAUGUGACAUCUAGGCAGUAUGAUUCAUCAGAUCAAAAUGUAGUAACUCCUGCAGAUGGACAGAGGAAGGAUUCUAGAUCUACCAUGUUCCGUAUUCCUGAAUUUCGAUGGUCUCAAAUGCAUCAGCGCUUGCUUACAGAUCUCCUCUUUUCAAUAGAAACAGAUGUACAGAUGUGGAGAAGUCAUUCUACCAAGACUGUGAUGGACUUCGUGAACAGCAGUGAUAAUGUCAUCUUUGUACAUAACACGAUUCAUCUUGUCUCUCAAGUGAUGGACAAUAUGAUUAUGGCUUGUGGUGGCAUAUUACCUUUGCUUUCAGCUGCUACAUCUGCUACGCAUGAAUUGGAAAGCAUUGAGCCAACUCAAGGAUUAUCAGUGGAAGCUUCCAUAGCAUUCCUUCAAAGAUUAAUUAGCCUUGUGGAUGUACUGAUCUUUGCAAGUUCUCUUGGAUUUACUGAAAUUGAGUCAGAGAAAAAUAUGUCAUCUGGUGGAAUUUUAAGGCAAUGUCUUCGACUUGUUUGUGCGGUAGCCGUCAGAAAUUGUUUGGAAUGUCAGCAACAGCAUAAGUUAAUGAAGCUUAGUGGAGAAAAUGUUAAACAUCGGAAAACAAUGCAAAGCCUUAUAGCCUCAGGAAGAAUUGGAGCAAAGAGUCCAGUUGAUAUUGUAACUGGAGGGAUUUCUCCAAUAAGAGACAUUGACAGACUUCUACAGGAUAUGGAUAUUAAUCGGCUCCGUGCAGUGGUAUUCAGAGAUAUAGAGGACAGUAAGCAAGCACAGUUCUUGGCUUUGGCUGUAGUGUAUUUUAUCUCUGUACUCAUGGUAUCAAAAUACAGAGAUAUCUUGGAACCUCAAGAUGAACGGAGGCAAUUUCAACCUACUCAGUCACCCAAAAUAGAUAAGGAAGAACAAUCUGAAGCUAUUACCAUUUUAAGUCAGGAACCUGCCAAGGAGUCAGAAAGUGUGGUGUCUCCACAAAGAACGGAUUCGGGAAUUCAGGAGAAAGCACAUUGUGGAUCAGGACACAAUUCUGAGAAGGUUACUGAAUCAGAAAAACAGAAUAUAAGUACAGGUCCAGAUGCAAUAAGUGAAAUAUUAUGUACUCUUUCUUCAGAAGUUAAUAAAUCUCAAGAAAGUAAAAAUGAAGUACAUAAUGAGGUAGAUGGUAAAACUGCAUCCUCUAUGCAAACUGCAAAAAAUGUCAAUGUAAAAGACAUCCUAAGAAGUUUGGUCAGUGCUCCUGCAGAUGGGGCCAUGGUGGACCCUGCUGUUCUUCCACCUGUUUUUCUUGGAGUCCUUGGUGAUGGUGCCUCUGCACAACCAAUACAAUUUCAAUCUUUUGACAGGAGUGUGGUUGUGGCCCCAAAGAAGUCAGUGAGUUCAUCUUCAGCCACAAUUAACGUGCCUACAAAUGCUGUUAGUGUGGUUUCUUCUUUGGAUUCUUCUCAAGCCCCAGAUGUAAAUGGAAGCUCUCCAAGUAAUGGAUCAUCAGAUUCAAGAUUACCAUCUGUUCCUACACUUUCUUCUGUGCCUGAGGAUUCUGCUUCAAACAUGAGUAUUUCAGAGAGGCUUGAGCAUGCUUUGGAAAAAGCUGCCCCUCUUCUGAGGGAGAUAUUUGUGGACUUUGCUCCUUUUCUUUCGCGUACCCUCUUGGGUAGUCACGGUCAAGAACUACUGAUAGAAGGUACAAGUCUUGUAUGUAUGAAAUCUAGCAGUUCAGUUGUGGAAUUGGUCAUGCUGCUUUGUUCUCAGGAAUGGCAGAACUCAAUACAGAAGAAUGCAGGCCUAGCUUUCAUUGAACUUGUCAAUGAAGGAAGGUUGCUAAGUCAAACAAUGAAGGAUCAUUUAGUGAGGGUAGCAAAUGAAGCAGAUUUUAUCUUGAGUAGGCAGAGAGCGGAAGAUAUUCACAGGCAUGCUGAAUUUGAGUCAUUGUGUGCCCAGUAUUCUGCAGAAAAACGUGAAGAUGAAAAGAUGUGUGAUCAUUUGAUAAGGGCAGCCAAAUAUCGUGAUCAUGUGACAGCAACUCAACUGAUACAGAAAAUCAUCAAUAUACUGAUGGACAAGCAUGGAGCCUGGGGCAAUUCUCCACCAAGUCGUCCUCGUGAGUUCUGGCGCCUUGACUACUGGGAAGAUGACUUGCGGCGCCGGCGACAAUUUGUGUGUAACCCCCUUGGAUCGACACAUCCUGAAGCGACCUUAAAAGCUGCCAUAGACCACGCUCCAGAUGAAGAUAUACUUGUUAAAGGAAAGCAGUCUAUCAGGAAUCAGGCUUUAGGAAAUCAGAAUUCAGAAAGCGAGAUUCUCCUGGAAGUCGAUGAUGAUAAUUUGUCAUCCAUGGAGGAGAAAGAACUUGAGAAUUUAACUGGUCCUGUUAGUAUGUGUACACCAGCUCAGCUCGUGGCCCCUUGUGUAAUAGUGAAAGGCACUCUGUCCAUCACCACCUCUGAAGUGUAUUUUGAGGUAGAUGAAGAAGAGCCCAGUUUUAAGAAAAUUGAUCCCAAGAUACUUGCAUAUACGGAUGGACUGCAUGGGAAAUGGCUGUUUUCAGAGAUUCGAUCAGUAUUUUCUCGACGCUAUCUAUUGCAGAAUACAGCAUUGGAAAUCUUUAUGGCUAACAGAGUUGCUGUCAUGUUCAACUUUCCGGAUCCUGCAACUGUAAAAAAAGUAAUCAAUUGUUUACCUCGUGUUGGAAUUGGAACUAGUUUCGGUUUGCCUCAAACCAGACGUAUUUCUAUGGCCACUCCACGUCAAAUCUUUAAAGCUUCAAAUAUGACUCAGCGAUGGCAACAUAGAGAGAUUUCAAACUUUGAAUAUCUUAUGUUUCUUAAUACCAUUGCAGGGCGUACAUACAAUGAUUUAAACCAGUAUCCAGUAUUUCCUUGGGUGAUCACUAACUAUGAAUCAGAAGAGUUGGACCUUACACUUCCAAGUAAUUUCCGAGAUUUGUCAAAGCCUAUUGGUGCUCUUAAUCCCAAACGAGCUGCAUUCUUUGCCGAACGCUAUGAAACAUGGGAAGAUGAUCAAGUUCCAAAGUUUCAUUAUGGCACUCAUUAUUCAACAGCCAGUUUUGCACUCACUUGGUUGUUAAGAAUUGAGCCUUUUACAACAUUUUUCCUAAACUUGCAAGGUGGGAAGUUUGAUCAUGCAGAUAGAGCUUUCUCAUCAGUUUCAAGGGCAUGGCGCAAUUGUCAACGUGACACAUCUGAUAUCAAGGAGCUUGUUCCUGAAUUUUAUUAUCUACCUGAGAUGUUUGUCAAUUUCAAUAAUUACAAUCUUGGAGUGAUGGAUGAUGGAACAGUGGUCUCUGAUGUUGAACUUCCACCAUGGGCCAAAACCCCAGAAGAAUUUGUUCGCAUAAAUAGACUGGCUUUGGAAAGUGAAUUUGUUUCCUGUCAACUGCACCAGUGGAUUGAUUUGAUUUUUGGCUAUAAGCAGCAAGGGCCGGAAGCUGUCAGAUCUCUAAAUGUUUUCUACUAUCUAACCUAUGAAGGAGCUGUCAAUCUCAAUUCAAUAAUGGAUCCAAUGUUGAGAGAGGCAGUGGAAGCUCAGAUCCGAAGUUUUGGACAGACUCCUUCCCAAGUGCUUAUAGAACCACAUCCUCCAAGAAGUUCUGCUAUGCAGCUGUAUCUCCUUCUCCAGAGUCCAUUGAUGUUCACAGACCAAGCACAACAGGAUGUCAUCAUGGUCCUAAAAUUUCCAUCCAACUCUCCUGUAACACAUGUAGUAGCCAACACUCAGCCUGGUUUGACAAAUCCUGCUGUGAUUACUGUCACUGUCAACCGACUGUUUGCUGUGAAUAAGUGGCACAAUCUUCCUGCUCGUCAAGGUGCUGUACAGGACCAGCCAUACCAGCUGCCAGUGGAAAUCGAUCCUCUCAUAGCUAGCAAUACAGGUAUGCACAGAAGGCAAAUCACAGAUCUUCUGGACCAAAGUAUUCAAGUCCAUUCCCAGUGCUUUGUUAUCACUUCAGAUAAUCGCUAUAUCCUGGUCUGUGGAUUUUGGGAUAAAAGUUUUCGGGUGUAUUCUACUGAUACAGGAAAACUAAUGCAAGUUGUGUUUGGACAUUGGGAUGUUGUUACUUGCCUUGGCCGCUCUGAAUCUUAUAUUGGAGGAAACUGUUAUAUUCUAUCCGGGUCUCGUGAUGCAACACUGCUGCUAUGGUACUGGAAUGGUAAAACCAAUAGCAUUGGUGAUAACACAAAUGGUGAAACUGCUGCUCCUCGGGCAGUCUUGACUGGACAUGAUUAUGAGAUUACCUGUGCAGCAAUUUGUGCUGAACUUGGUGUAGUGAUAAGUGGUUCUAAAGAAGGACCAUGUCUCAUACAUUCUAUGAAUGGUGAUCUACUGAGGACAUUAGAAGCUCCUGAAAACUGUGUGAAAGCAAAACUUAUCCAAGCAUCAAGGGAGGGUCAUUGUGUUAUAUACUAUGACAAUGGUCAUUUUUGUGUAUUCAGCGUGAAUGGAAAACUCCACUCCACUAUGGAAACAGAUGAUAAUAUCAGGGCAAUCCAGCUGAGCCGUGAUGGGCAGUAUCUCCUCACAGGAGGAGACAAUGGAGUUGUUAUGGUUUGGCAAGUGUAUGACUUCAAGCAGCUUUUUGCCUAUCCUGGUUGUGAUGCUGGAAUCCGAUCCAUGACUCUUUCAUAUGACCAAAGGUGUAUAAUGACAGGCAUGGCUUCUGGCAGCAUAGUAGUUUUCUACAAUGAUUUCAACAGGUGGCAUCAUGAAUACCAAACCAGAUACUGAAAUUUGAAUUAAACUGAUGUGGCUGUGCAGCUCUUCUCAUAUGGAGACUUCAAACAUACACAUCUCUCUUUACUAUCUUGUCUAUUCUAGAUCUUAUAAAUAGUUAAUAUAUCUGAAUGUAACUUAAAUUUGCUGGGAGAUGCUAUUUUUUGAAGUUAAUUGCUAUUUUUGUAGACUUUGCUUGACUUUUUGGGAUGGGGAAAAACAGAAGAUGAUUGUUGGGGAUUCUGUAGCUUAUAAAGAAAAUCUAUAUUUUUUAGUCAUAGUAAAUCUAUUUUGAUCAUUAUACUGGGGGGGGGAGACUGUAAUAGGAUGGCUAUAAUUCUUGUAUUAGCUAUAUUAUGAAACAUGUUUCUCAUGUAAAUCUUUAUAAUCUUAUGGAAUAUUUGAUUUUAACAAUGGAAAUUGUUAUAACAAAGGAAGUUGGUUAUAAUACCAGCGAUCAGUUAUAAUACUGACAUUUUAAACUCUGCUUAUCCCUCCCUUCCCUUUUGUCUUGUACUUUUACAGUGAUAGCGAACUUGAAGCACUGACUUUUCUGAAAAUCAAGAAUAUUUAAAUUAUGUAAUGUAAUUUUGUUUUCACAUGAUCGUGAAAUCAAGCGUGAUUCUAGAUUUAGGUGAUUAAUAUACCUUUUAAAUUAUUAAUUUGUUAUUUUGUUGUGUGGUUAAGAGAGAAAUAAUCAUAAGCAGAAUUUAUACAUCAAGCAUAUUUUUCUUAUCCUUUCAUCAGUCCCAUUGUUCUUCCAAAUUAAAUCUAUUUUGAGGAUUUUGGAAGUAUUCUAUUGUCUACUAUACUUUUGGAAACUAUGUGUGGAUCCAAAAAAACACUUGUGCUGAAGAUCUGCAAUUUUUCUUUAGCACCUAACAUGGAAAAAGCUAUUGUGUCUCUACAACACAACUAGUGAGAACUGUAUAGCACAAGCCUUAUAUUGAUCUUAAAAUCAAGACAUGUUCCCAUCAAAUCUGAUUCAAUCAUGCUGACAAUGUCUUCAAGUUCUUGGGAAACUAAAUAAAAUUUAUUAUGAACAAUGUUA